UGUACUUUAAAAUAAAAUAUUACUAGGUUCUGUUUCCCUAUUUUUUGAGUUCAGUAUUUAGGUUCAUCUCUUAAUCAUCUUUAUUUUAAAAUAAAUUUUGAUCGUUAAUUGUAUUUUGUGUAUAAAUCAUCAAUGGGUACACGAGUGUACGUAGGUAGACUUCAUUAUGAUGUUAGAGAGCGUGAUAUUGAAAAAUUUUUCAAAGGAUAUGGCAGAAUACGAGAAAUAUUGAUGAAAGAUGGCUUCGCCUUUGUGGAAUUUGAUGACCACAGGGAUGCCGAUGAUGCAGUAUAUGAUUUAAAUGGUAAAGAACUUAUGGGCGAAAGAGUGCAUGUUGAAUUCGCCAGAGGACCAUCACGAGGACGUGCUCGUUUUAGGCCUUAUGGGUCAUCAAGACCUUAUUAUUCAAAUAGUCGUAGUGACAGACCUUCUGGUGGACUAACCUACGCCGAGAAUGGAUCCAAAAAUGUCUCUAACUCUAGGUAUGGCCCCCCAAGGAACACCGAGUAUCGAGUGAUCGUGGAAAAUCUCAGCAGCCGGGUCAGCUGGCAGGACUUGAAAGACUUCAUGCGUCAAGCUGGAGAAGUCACUUAUGCUGAUGCGCAUAAACGAGAAAGAAAUAUGGGUAUUGUUGAUUUCGCCACUUAUGCUGAUAUGAAACAAGCUUUAGACAAGCUUGAUGGAGUCGAUCUUCAUGGUCGUCGUAUAAGGCUUGUAGAGGACAAGAGCCGCCGACGAAAGGGUAGUCGGUCUAGGUCUCGCUCCCGAUCUCGUUCACGAUCGCGAUCUCGGUCCCGAUCUCGAUCACGCUCCAAGUCACGAUCACGUUCCAAAUCCCGAUCACGAUCAAAAUCUCGAUCACGCAGCAAGUCUCGAUCUCGAGAUCGAAGCCGGGAACGAAGUCGAAGCAGGAGCAAGUCUGCACAUGUGAAAGAAUCCCGCUCCCGCUCUCGUUCAAGGAGUGCUGAAAGUCGUCGAAGUGAUAAGCGAUCACGUUCACGAUCACGAUCAAGGUCUCAUUCCAAAAACACAAAAUCCCGCUCAAGGUCUCGCGAACGUUCAAGAUCUCGCUCCCAUUCUGCCUCACCACCCAAAACCAAUGAAAACGGUGGAGAAGGAGGAGAUUUCAUAGAAGACCAAGUUAUGUCUGAGAAAUGAAAUAUUUCAGGACUCCAUUGUUCCUCUUUUCCAUUUUUUUCAUGUGUAUCCGCAUUCAUUUCAUAACUGAUAAGAAUCCGGGAAAUCUUCGUGUUUCUCUGAUUUUCAAUCAAUUCAAUUAAACCAUCACCUACGUCAAA